AGCAGCUGGUCUAGUUAUGUUUCUUAAGUUACACUGUGAAAAUUUGAAAAGUUGGAACUUAAAAUAAUUACUUCAAUUGGUAACACCUCAAAAAUGUAAGUUUCUUCAACACAUUUUUUUAACUUACUUACAUUUUUCCCACUUAAAACAUAUUAGUUGAAACAAUGUAAUAUUUUUAGGUGUUACCAAUUGAAGUAUUAUUUUUUAGUUGAUCCAAUUUUUAUAUAGUGUAUAGAUAACUCAUACUGUAAUGAUAUAUACUUAAAUGAAGAAGGUUCAUUCUUAUUUUUUGUGUUGCAUGUUAGAUAGACUAAAAUGAUUUAAAUUGUAUUUUUGUUGAUGAAGAUGGGUUGAUGAUGAUGGGAAAAUAAUGACAGAAUUUUUGGGGUAAACAAUGUCUUCAUAAAAUGCCUGCAAUAACUUAUCAGCACAUGAAUAUUUGUAUUUAAAUGGGUAGUCCCACGUGCAGUCUAUAUGACCUGAUUUACUCUUUCAAUAGAUCCCAGUUAAAGAAGAUAAAGUGGACAUGAAUAACUCAACACUGAACCUCAACAUAACUGAAUCUUCACGAGACUCUCCCUUUAUGACCUUUUACAUUUGUGUCUUAAGCAUCAAUGUUCUGUUUGGUCUUCCGGCACACUGCUAUGUCAUAUAUCUCAUCAUCACAGGAUCAGAAAGUAGAACUGCAUCAGAGUUUUAUAAACUGAAUCUCUCAGUUUGUGAGAUUGGAAUCUGCUUAAUUUGUGUCUUCAGAAUGCUGGCAGUGUGGUUUUCAGGUUUCAAGGGACCUCUCAGUUUUUCCUUAGGACUUAGCAUUACCGGCCGUCCUCUGUUCGAGUGUCUGAUCUGUUUUGAACGUUACCUGGCUGUGGUUCAUCCUGUAACCUUUCUGAAGUACAAACCUCUCAGAUAUAAAGUCAUCUGCUGCACUGCUGUCUGGAUCAUCAGUCUUGGUUCCUGUUUAAGCGUCAUGUUUCUAUUAGUUUAUGUACAUGACCUGGCUAUACAUACAUUGGUCUUUUUAAUCCAGUCUCUUGUCUACUUCUCCAUUCAGUUGUUUUGUUGUGUGGCUGUUCUCCGAGCUCUGAAGCAGUCAGGACCAGGAGAGAGAGGGAGAGAGAGAGAGGAGGAAAACCACAUGAAGAGAAGAGCGUUUCAUAUCAUCCUCAUAACUACUGUAAAGAUGUUUAUAAUGCAUCUUUUAUUUGCGUUCACUGCACUCUUUAGGAUUAUGACACAGAAUUAUGUUGAGGAAUCUUAUGUAAUUAAUUUAGUUUUUGUUUUGGGUGGUUUUGUUCAUCCGGUUCUUUAUCUUCACCGGGCUGGAAAACUUUGCUGCUCUUCUUCAUUAUAA